AUGUCAUUUGUUACCGUCGCGGCGGCGACCCUGCCUAGUGUCCCCUUGGACUUCAAGGGAAACCUUGACAGGAUUUUGGAGUCCAUUCGCAUCGCCAAGGCUCAGGGCGCUACGCUCAGAACCGGUCCAGAGUUGGAGAUUCCUGGCUAUGGCUGUCUUGACCAUCACCUUGAAGGUGAUACCUUCCUCCACAGCUGGGAAGUCCUUGCUGAGAUCAUCAGCGAUCCCAUCUGUAAGGAUAUGCUGAUUGAUCUUGGUAUGGGAUGCCGCCAUCGCAACGUCCGCUAUAACUGCCGCGUUCUCUGCACAUACAAGCACAUCUAUCUCAUCAGGCCCAAGCAAAGUCUGGCCAAUGAUGGCCUUUACCGUGAAGCACGGCACUUCACGGCAUGGACGAAGCUCCGGGAGGUUGAGACCUACUACCUAGAGGCCGUGGCCGCCGCGGUCACCGGCCAAAAGACGGUUCCCAUUGGUGACUUGAUCCUCAGCACGCUCGACACUGCCGUGAGUUGUGAAACUUGCGAGGAAAUGUUCUCGCCCCUGAAUCCUUCGACCUUUCUUGGCCUCAACGGCGCCGAAAUCAUCCUUAACAGCAGUGCCAGCCACGCUGAGCUGCGAAAACUAAAGACACGUCUCGAUCUGAUUUCGAAUUCAACGCGGAAACUUGGUGGUAUCUAUGUAUAUGCCAACGCGACUGGCGUCGAUGGUGAGGCGCGCAUGCUGUUCGACGGAUCAAGCAUGGUGCUCGCCAAUGGCAAGGUCUUUGCACAAUCCUCCCAAUUCUCUUUGAAGCCGGUUGAAGUCAUCACCGCCACCAUUUCUGUGGAAGAAGUCAGAAGUUACCGCUCCAGCAUCUCUCGAAACGUGCAGGCUGCUGCCCAACCCGACUUCCCCAGAGUCGACUGCGAUUUGCGACUGACGAGACCCGCCGACGAAGUGUACCUAUCAGAUCACCUGCAAAUCGCAAAGGAGAUCGAGCUUAAGAUCCUCGACCCCAUGGAAGAAAUUGCCCUGGCGCAAGCGGUCUUCCUCUGGCAGUACCUCUGCCGCACAAACUCCCCUGGCUACUUCCUCGCCUUGAGUGGAGGUCUGGACUCCUCGACGGUCGCGCUCUUCGUCUACAGCAUGGCUAAACUCGUGCUUCAGUCCAUUGAGGCCGGGGAGAUGUCGACGUUGGAUGAUUUGAGACGCAUCACUGGUGACAAGACGUUCAUGCCUGAGACACCACAGGAAGUUGUAUCGCGCUUGCUGCACUCGUGCUACAUGGGAACUGUCAAUUCUGGAGAUGAUACUCGGACAAGAGCCCGCCGCCUCGCAGAGGUACUCGGGGCUCAUCACUCUGAUAUCUCAAUCGAUGAAGCGGUUCAAGCUCACGAGGCUAUUAUCGAGAAGACACUUGAAUUUAAACCCCGGUACGGUGUCGAAGGUGGUAGUCCCGCUGAAAACCUUGCACGCCAAAACAUCCAGGCGAGAAACCGCCUUGUUGUUCAGUACGAGCUGGCACAGCUAUCAACGACUGCAAGACAACUCCCAAGAGCCGGCGCAGCGCUUCUUGUCUUGGGAAGUGGCAAUGUCGACGAGAACCUGCGUGGCUACUACACCAAAUACGACGCAUCGUCCGCAGAUAUCGCGCCAUUAGGAAGUAUCUCCAAGACGGACGCCAAGAACUUCCAAGCUUGGGCCAGGGAUCAGUGGGAUUUGCCCAUCAUGUCCGAAUUCCUCGAGGCUACGCCGUCAGCCGAGCUUCUUCCCCUCUCUGCCGGAGUCCAAGAUGAUGAGGCAGACACCGAGAUGGGCCUGACCUACAGCGAACUCUCCGAAUUCGGUAUCUUGAGAAAAGUACACAAGCUCGGCCCUUGGUCAACGUACCUCCGUCUCCUCGGGGACUGGAAGGAGAGGCCAGGCUACGGUCCCCGCGAGAUUGGCGAGCGCGUCAAGAGGUUCUUCCGCUUCUACUCGAUGAAUCGUCACAAAGCCGUCAUCCUUACGCCUUCGCCGCAUCUCUCGGCGUACAACCCCGAUGACAAUCGCCACGACCUCCGCCCGUUCUUGUACGUCGUCAACUGGCCGUGGCAGUUUUCCAAGAUUGAUGCGCAUGUGGAGGAGCUUGAGAAGAAGAUUGCGGAUAGGGCGAGGCCGGCAGAUGUCCAGUACGACGCGCUCGAUUAG